AUGUCAGAUGAAACAAACUUUACAAUAGAAGAAAUUGAGCCUAGACCUGAUGCGCUUCGAGGUCUAGACACCCAGUUCCUUCAAGAUAACACAUCAUUGGUGCAAGCUUACAGUGGUUUAGACUGGUCUGAUAUUUCUUCGUUGACUCAAAUGGUAGAUGUUAUAGAGCAAACAGUAGUUAAAUAUGGCAACCCGAAUGAUUCAAUAAAAUUGGCCCUUGAGACUAUUCUAUGGCAAAUACUGCGUAAGUACCCCUUAUUGUUUGGAUUUUGGAAGAGGUUUGCUACUAUUGAGUACCAGUUAUUUGGCCUCGAGAAAUCGAUCGCUGUUCUCGCCACUUCCGUUAAAUGGUUCCCAACUUCUCUGGAGUUAUGGUGUGAUUAUUUGAAUGUGUUGUGUGUCAAUAACCCGAAUGAAAAGGACUUUAUUAGAAAUAAUUUUGAAAUUGCGAAGGGCCUUAUUGGUAAGCAGUUUCUGUCACACCCUUUUUGGGAUAAGUUUAUAGAAUUUGAAGUUGGACAGGAGAACUGGCUUAACGUCCAACGAAUAUACGAAUAUAUUAUCGAAAUCCCUCUACAUCAGUACGCAAGGUUUUUCACAUCUUACAAGAAGUUUUUAAAUGAAAAAAACCUGAAGGCUACAAGAAACAUUGAUACAGUCUUAAGAAGGACACAAACAAUUGUAAAUGAAAUUUGGCAGUUCGAAUCAAAAAUCAAACAGCCCUUUUUCAACCUGGGUCAAGUUUCAAAUGAUGAUUUGGAAAAUUGGUCGCGAUAUUUGAAAUUUGUAACAGAUCCUUCAAAAUCACUGGAUAAGGGAUUCGUAAUGUCAAUUUUUGACAGAUGUUUGAUUCCUUGUCUUUACAAUGAAAAUACGUGGAUGAUGUAUAUUAAAUGGCUAACAAAGGAAGAUUUAUCUGAUGAAGUACUAGUGGAUGUUUAUCAAAAAGCCAAUAAGUUUUUACCACUAGAUGUCAAGACUUUGAGAUAUGAUUUUCUUAGGUUUUUGAAAAGAAAAUACCGAUCAAAUAAUACCUUAUUCAAUAAGAUAUUCAAUGAAACAGUAUCGCUUUUUUUAAAGAUUUGGCCCAACGAUAUUUCACUUAUGACAGACUAUAUUUGUAUGUUGAAAAGACAUUCUUUUAAGAAUUCCUUAGACCAACCGCCCAAAGAAAUUUUAGAGAAACAGACAUCGUUCACUAAAAUCUUAGAGACAUCAAUCACCAACUACAUAAAUAAUCAAAUUGACGCCAAGGUGCAUCUACAGACUUUAAUAAACGACAAAAACUUAAGUAUGGUAGUGGUAGAACUGAUAAAGACUACCUGGCUUGUACUUAAAAAUAAUAUGCAAACAAGGAAGUAUUUCAAUCUUUAUCAAAAAAAUUCUCUCAUUAAAGAUUCCGUACCGUUCUGGUUAACUUACUACAAAUUUGAAAAGAGUAAUGUGAAUUUUACCAAGCUGAAUAAAUUUGUUAAGGAGCUUGGCGUAGAAAUAUACUUGCCGACCACAAUAAUGAAUGAUAUUUUGACGGACUACAGGACUUUCUAUGUAACGCAUUCGGAUAUCGUAACGUAUGAAUCCUCCAUUGUGGAUUCGAAUACAUUUGACCCUAUUUUAUAUCCUGAGCUAAAAAUGUCGAAUCCAAAAUACGAAUCGAUUGUGGAUAUUAAAGCAAGUGCAGAGUGGAAUAAAAGGACGGAAUGGAAGGAGGCUGGUCACGUCGGCAUAAUGACAGAAAGGCCGCAGAUAUCGAACAGUAUAAUUGAGUGCAAUUCAGGAAAUUUGGUUAAAAGGCCUAUUAGUCUACCAAAUUUUAGAAACUUGGAGAAAAUUAAUCAACUCAAGGUUAAUGAUUUAUACACGGAAGAAUUCCUUAAGCAAAAUAAAUGA